UGUCAUAAAAAUGGCCGAUUCACAUAACGUCAAAACUUGUUGGGCGAGUGUGUACAAAAACGUGCGAUUUACUAGCCUUUAAUUUGCACUAGGAGUGUUUAAAGUGCUUUAGAUUCAGUCAGUGAUUGUGUUUUACUGUUUUUCUGUUCAGCGAAACGAAAAACAUUACAUGGUGGAAGACGGAGCGUACCAAUUGCACUGGAGACUUUGAUGCACAAUGUGAGGGCGUGGUGAUGUGGGGCGCGCAGGCGGGGUGGUGGUGCGGCGCGCUGGCGGCGGCCCUGCUCGCGCUGCUGGCGCUCUGCCGCCGCACCAAGCGCGACCCGCCCGCGCCGCAGCCCGCGCCGCCGCCUACACAGGUUCACGUGGUAUGCGGCGGCGCGGUGCGGCUGUCGCGAGCGGACACAGCCGCGCCCCGGCGCGUGUGCUCCGCGCUCACCACCGCGCCUGCGCCCGACACUCCAUCCGACAACAACACACCCAACGACCCCCCACAAAUUCUAAUCGUCCAAAACUACCCGCACUCGAACGCCAGCAGCGCAUCCGACACGCCCCAACCUUCAGGCUCGCACGCGCCCCCCUCCCCGCCCCCGCCCGGCUUCUGCGGCAUCAAGAAGAACCCGCUCUCCGACCAGUGGAAGCACAAGCGACCCUUCGAGUACUUGUACUCCGCCAUCCCGCGGCCCCUCGCUCAGAUCGUCGGCGCCGACCUCGGCGCCGAUCUAUCGAGGGAAUCGCGAGCGAAGAAGUACAGCGCCACCCGGUCUCCGUCUUUGGAAAAAGACGAAAAGUCACCGUUCGUGAGCAGCGCGAAGUCGGAGGAUCGAGUUUUCGAGUUUGAUGUCGAGGCAGUCGAAAACAUCAAGGAGGAGGAGAAAUCAGCCGAAAUGACCGAUCGUUCCCCUAAAUCGCUUCGAGAGGACGAGGAAAAAAUGUCUCCGAGUAAUUUAAGAAGAUUUCGUUCGGUCAGCACCAAACUGAACAUGUGCAGCGUCAGCGAGAGCCCCCACGUGGAGGGGCACCAGGAGCGGCUCGAAAUGCAGAACUCCCCUCGCCUAAUAGAGUGUUCGUCGGCUAAAGAAAAGUCAUCGGGGACGAAAUUCGAUUUUUCACCAAAGAUUUUAGCAGACAGCAUGAGUUCGCCCCGUUUUUUUACGCCACCGGAGACGACAUCGCCGAUGUUUUUCGCGGAACCGACGCCGAAAUCCGCGUACUAUGAUUCCGUCAGGUCUCCUCGAUUUUUCCCCGACACGCCUCGCGAUCCAGACGCUCCGAAUUCACCGAGGACGUUGAGUGACCAUUUAAAUAGACCGAACGGUUUAUCCGAGAAGCCAAACUCGCCCAAAAUAUUGAACGCCGAGAAGCCUAGUUCACCUAGAAUUCUAGGUUCGCGACCGAGUCCUAAGUUAUUGAGUCCCAAGGUCCUGAGUCACAACAAAGAGAAUUAUUUCACAUUUGAUCAAGUCAGUAUGCACGCCGAAACUGCCGCGCGAAUGUCGCCAAAAUUAAAAAGGUACGGCGGUAGAAAUUCCAUAGAAAGAGAGAGAUUCACGCCCCCCGCCGACAAAGAAAUAAAGAGGUAUAGAAGGCACAAUAGUUGCGAUACGAAUUAUAGAAGUAUAGAAUUAAAUAUAUCAAAGUGUGAUGACAUCGAUGAGACUGAUGUUGGAACUAAAAUUAACGUGCUAGAAAACGAUGUAGUCGAUUGUUGUGCCAAAUUAGAUGCUAUGCACAUAGACACGAAGGGGACGGAAGAAAGAAAAGAAUUAAGUGUAAACUCGGCUCACGUGAGACGACAAAGGUUAAAAUCGAUAUCGUUGGACUCGGAUAAUGCAAAAAUAAUCGAGCAAAAUUUAGGAUUACCGAUUGCAAAACAAAUGAAGGAUCAAAUGAACGAAGCAUACAAAAAUCAGGACGUGAGCACGUCGUGUGAAAGCAUGGACCGACAUCCCAAAACUCCUGCCUCAGAAAGACCCGCUUUUCAGUUUGACGUCAACCAAAAAGAUGCUAGGGAAGAGGAAGGAAAGUCUCCCUCUCAUAAACAGAAGAAAUCUUUGCGUCAAAGUUGCGAUGUACAGUCAUUUUUAGAUAUGCCGAGGUUUUCUCCUAAAGAAUUUGAAAUAACUGUGACCUCAGACGACGGGGCCACGACGUUAGCGGAGACUCAGACAAAGAAGAAAGGUAAAAAUUUACGAAACCUGACAAUAGAUUUAACCAAACGUGAUAGUGAUUUAGAAAAGGAGUUACUGGAGUUUGAAAAGUUAUACACCAAUGCCGAGGAAAAGAAGGUUAAAACGCCUACCCUAAAAGUAAAAGCGACAUCCCUCGAUUCAUCCGAAACGGUCAAUCUUUCGCUCCCCCAAAAGAAGAGUUUGGAAGUUCCCCAAAACUCUGUUUCCGUGCCUAACACUCCCAAGCGACAAUUGAAACGAAUAUUUGCUCAAAAGAAUAUAAAACAUGAUUUUGGGGGAGGAAAGCCAGGAUAUAAUUCUAUACAAUGUAACGCCGACCAGCGUCGCCUUUACCUCAAGGGGCAAGAUAGCGGCAUAUACUUACGUGAAAAUCACGCUAGCUUAAUGUUAUAUCAGCCGACUACCUCCAGAAUGGGCUCUCGAACGAUGGGAUCAUUCGACGAAAAUAUAUCCGAUAACGCUCCCGAAAUAAAUAUAUCCGGCGCCGACAAAGGUGGCUACCACGAAUGUGGUCAAACUCUCGGUUCGAAUCUCCUGAACUACAAACAAAAUUUAAGCGUAUCGAGUACGAAUUUAAAAACCCUGCCGGAGGGAGUGCCCUCCGACGACUUUGAGCCUAGCGUGGAGGACGAGAAACUAGUAAAGAAACUGCACAGGCGGAAUUCAAACCAAAGUUUAAUGCUUAGUACGCACAGCCUACAGGGCUCGAAUUGUUCCCUCAGCAGCGCCGGAGCGUCAUGCCAUAAUCUGGCUACUGUGAGGACGAGCAUGUCGAACUUCAGUUUAACCGAUAGUCGUCAGAAGAGGUUCUCUCUAGAUAGAAGGGAUUCGAACGCUUCACUCAACACCGAGCAUCUAGCUCCUACGACGAGAGUAAUUUGCUCAUCUAAUACGAACGUUUCGGGUGAAGUGACUAAAAACUGCCUGCUGCAACGCCGGGGAUCGAAUAAUAGUUUAACCCUUAAUAUACUUUCGACGAAUACCCUGAGCAGGCACUCGAGCAACAGCUCGCUGAAUAAGGAAACGAAACCGGCCCCGAAAAAAGGGUUACUGGAGCGACGGAGUUCGAAUACGUCACUCACUCUGAACAUCCACACGUCCAACCCGCAAUUAUCGACGAAUAAGGGGUUGAGUGUUUCCAAUUACAACUUGAACGGAUCCACGUGUAAUCUGAGUAGGCAUAACAGUAAUUACAGCAUCGAUAACACUGCCGAGCCGAGGAAAGGUAUUUUGGAGCGACGAAGUUCCAACACGUCUUUAACGUUAAACAUCCAACCGCAGGAGCCGAGAGACUUAGACAUAGACGAAACAUUAAUCGACGCUAAUUUAAAAGAUAUGCCCAAUAGAGAGAAACACAGGAAAUCCCUGAGUACGGAAAAUUUGAUUCCGAUGUCGUACAAAAAUCGGACGCGAUUGCGCUCCUCCGAUAAAUGCGUCGGUUUCGGGUCUCACGAUAAUUUGUGGUCCACGUCGUACGAAGGCCCGCAGAACUUAACCUACGUCUGCGGGGAUCAGGAGAACGAAAUCAUUUACGCCUUUGGGCAGCAGGAGGACUCGAGCUUCCAGCCCGUGUUCGUCCGCAACAUCACGACCAAGCCGCUGAGUCCCCAGAGCACCUCGGAAGAUUUCCGCCUGUAUCUAGCCAAUAUGCAGCAGCUGCAGAACGCCUCCAGCGUUCUCUCGAGACAGAGGUUGAAGGAUUUAAACGAGGUCUUUCAGAAUGGCUACUCUAAAGUAAAAUGUUUGGGUUCGAACGAGGGUCAGCACUGCUGUUUCGGCCGGGUCGAAGAUCUAUCGACGGAAAAUCCUCAGAUGUUGAUCCCGGAGCCGCUCAUCGCGCAGCCCUGCUCCGAGUACCAGAAGAUGCUGCUGAGGAAUUUGCACCAGGAGUUUUGGGAUAUGCCCACGAAUUUUCAAGAAAAACCGAUAGUUUUAGGUUCUCAUCCAAAGAAUAGAUAUAAGACGAUCCUUCCUAACGAACAUUCUAGAUUAAUUUUACGCGACGAUGUUGGAGGAAUUGAAGGAUACAUUAAUGCUAAUUAUAUUAAGGGGCAUGAAUAUACAAAGAAUUGCUACAUAGCAACCCAGGGUCCUCUUCAGAAUACAAUUUACGAUUUCUGGCUCAUGGUGCGACAAAACAACUUAGAUUUUAUAUCGCAACGACCUCCAAACAUCGUAGAAGCAACUGGAAUACAAAAAAUUGUAAUGUUAACCAAUUUUAUAGAAAACAAUAGACAGAAAUGCGAAAAAUAUUUUCCUCUAGAACUGGACGAGGAAUUCUCGAUCGAAAACCCCGAUUGCAGCGAAUCGACGCAAGUUUUAGAUGAAACGAGAAACAGUUUCUUAAUAAAGAACGUGGGAAUGAUAAAGAAGGCGGGCUAUACGAUACGAAAAUUAGAUAUUAAAUAUAUAAAACACGAAGCUUCCGAGUGUAUGUCCGUCUAUCAUUAUUGGUUUCACAACUGGGCGGACCACAAGUGUCCUAAAGAUGUUAACGCGCUAUUAAAUCUUAGUUUAGACGUUUUAAAAGAUGAGUGCUAUGAUUUUAGUGAAAUUGAAGACAUUACAGAGGAACAGUGCAAGUGCGAUAGCCCAAAGACGGGGACUAAAUUUGUUUUUCCACCUUUAGAAGCGAGUAUACCGUGUCCCGUGACAGUCAGUGUCGCCACGCCCACAAAUUUUGCCCUAGACACGAUGUCUCCGCCCACCAUAGUUCAUUGCUCAGCGGGUAUAGGAAGGACCGGGUGUCUGAUCGCUAUCCUUAAUGGUAUCAAGCAGCUCACCAACGAGCAGAAGGUGGACGUUCUAGGUAUAGUUUGUAACAUGAGAUUAAAUAGGGGUGGCAUGGUACAAAAUUCUGAACAGUACGAACUUAUACAUAAAGUUUUGUGUUUAUACGAGCAAGCGUGCUUGCCUCUGUUAUAGCUAAAUUAUUUCAGAUCUUGUGUUAUUUAAUUUUAGUACCAACUUUCACUUGUAAUUUAUUUUUGACGGAAUAUUUAUAGGGAAAUUAAAAAUUGUGAAUCUGUUUAUAGUGAGGAGUAAUGGAAUAUAUCUAAUAUUGUACUAGUGAAAAUAUUCUGAGUGGUAAAAGUAGCUACUUUUUUACAUUUUUUUAUUGAUGUUCGAAUGGAAUUCGUGUGAUGCUUAAUGCGAGGUUUCCUUCAUUCGAAAAUCAGAUAACAUAGUGUUUAUCUAAGUCAUAUUUCAUAUUUCAACGCCACAAUGGAACCUGCUGUGUAUAAAAAAUAAAUGUACAAUUGCAUCUGUUUUGCACUUUACAUUCUUAUGAAAUAAAUAUUUUUAUUACCUUUACAACAAACAAACAAGAUAAUUAUUAUAGUGUCAAAGAAUAAUAUUUACUGCAAUAUAAAUAGUAACAUGGCAGUUAUUUUUAUUAAACGAAAUACAAAGAACAGCUUAGCAUUAAAUAUGAUGAUUUUUAACUUUAAUUCAUUUUGAAGCUUUAUAUUUCUGACGAGAUAUCUGUAAUAAAACGAGAAAAUUAUAUUAUGAAAUUAUUAUCUUUUUAAAAUACAAAAGACACUUUGUAAUAUACGAGUAUGUAUAUAACAUACAGAAGUUAACUAGCAAAAUAUGCGCCAAGUUAAUUUGUGUGUGUUGUACAUAUUUGGGUAACUAAAAGACUAUCAGUCAAACAUUCAUUUGUGGCUCAGUAGUUUCUCUUAGAUCCGGGAAAAGUUUAGGUGGAUAUACCUUGGAUUUUUUUAUUUGCAAACUUUUAUACUUGUGCUUAAUUGCUGUAUCAAUAUUAAAAUAAUGUUGCAGGGUACUGAAACCUUUCAUCAAUUACAGAAUUGAGGUUUCUUUUAAAAUGUUAAAUGGCAAUACUGCCAGAAUAUACUUCGAAAAAAAAACAAUAAAAUUUCAAACAAAAUAAUAUCAUCCACAAUGUUCCUGUGUACUUUUUAUACAAAUUGGACUUGUGUUUAUAAAAAUUUUACCUUAUAUUUGUGUGUAUGUGGAAUUAAUAAAAAUAUACAGUGUUUACCAAAUACUUUUUUGUUGAGGGCAACACUGGCAGUCGAUAUGUUUAGUUAGUUAAGUAUUUUUUAUGCUUUUUUAAUAAAAAUUGAGAGAAGUUUUGCAACGUAAUAUAAUCUAACACCAUUUUAUUUAGAGU